AUGAGAACAAAUUUCAUGUGUUUGUUAUUAGCAAUCGCUCUAGACUCUAUACUAUGUGUAACAGAAAGUAAUAACCAUGAAAUCGAUGAAAACGAUUCGAGAAAAAAUGAAACAAUGGAAAGAAGAAUGUCAGAUUCAAAUAAACACAAUUCUGAGUUCAGUAGAACGGAAACGAGAGAAACUAAAAAUAAACAUUCUCAGGAAAACAGCAAAGACUCACGUUCAAGUUCAAGUGGUGAUGUCGGAUUCCAAUCUUCACAACGAAAAUUCCAACUGAAAUACUCAAAUCAAAAAAGAAGUGAUAUUUAUACUACCGGUUACCAAACAUUCCUCGGAAAACGUAGACGAGGCAGUAAAUCACAUGUGAAAACCAUAUUCAGAAAACGUUCUGGCUACGAUCGCAAUGGUCAAAAGAAACGAACUACCACAUUCGAAAGUUAUGGUGAGGCAGACAGUUUCGAUAGAAAGAAAAUACGUGAUGUGUUCGAUGUGAAUGGAUACAUUUCGGAGGGUCGGAAGCGUAGUAAACUCGGUGGAUACAUCCAAGAAGAACAACAUGCGUUUAUGUCAGGUGGACAUAAGUCGCAACUUUCUCGAAAUGAUAGGAAAUCUAGUGAGGGUGGGAGUCACUUCGUAAAUGAAAAACAUGAUCAAACGUCUAAUAAUCGUACUUUCGAAAACAUUCAAAGGGAAUCAAACAGUACCCAAUUGCCACGUCGAAAAUGAAUUAAACAAAUAUCUUAAAUUUACAUGUCCACACGUUAAUGAAGAUUCCUUGUUCGAAAUUAAUACUCAAUUUCCCAUUACUGUUUCUUCGUGAAUCACAUCAAAUUAAACUAUAUCAACCAUGAAUUAGUGACAUAAACUGACAAUGAAUUCCAUCCAUCAUCUGUUCACAUCAACAAUCAAUAUGAUUUUGUUCUUACCAAUCCCUCAUUCUUUUCUUUCAAAUCAUUCUUCACAACCAAUGUAUGUUAGCUACAUUAGGUUCACUCUCGUCAUCAUAUUGAUUCCUCGUCUACAAAAUUCACUACUUUCAUCUCCCUCAUCACUGGAAGAUGAAAUCUCUUAAAAACCAUUUGUAUUCUUCUAAAUCACAUUUGCAAACUCUUAUAAUUCAUUGUAACAGACCAUGCAUUGUAAGAACAGGUGGGUAAAUGUAUUUGAAAACAAAAGACACCACAAACAUUUCCUUUCAUUCACACCUAUCAAUCCAGACAAAUUGCACCGUACAUUUAAUCUAUUCACACGUGGAUUAUCAAUCAUGUUACAGGAUGAACAUGAUAGUCGAAACAAGAAAAUGAUAGAAUGAUCGCGUUUUCGAUGCACUUGUCUACGUAUAAAUUCUAAUGAUUUCAUCCUCAAUUGUCUUAGAAGAUACGUACGGAUGAUUACACGUAGACAAUUCAUUGAAAUCUGUUUAAAAUACAUUAUAUAAGGUAGUCAUUUCAAA